GGUUUGCUGUCGGACACUAAAAAAAAACCAGUGAGCCAAAGUGUUUUUGAGUCAUUGAGCUGGGAGAAGGUGUAGGUCAGGGAAGUGAGAGAGACCUCCCUGGGUUGUCAGGGCAGGAGGAGCUGGUUGUACUGGGUUUCACUAAAACGAUGGAGCCUCUCCACAUGCACGGCGUCCGGGUCGCUGAGAGUUUACAGCAAACACUCGGCAGCUUUGAGAAGAGUUUGUUGUGGAUGAGUUGGAUCGGAGACCCCAAAGCUUCCUUCUUUAUUUAUUUCCCCGUCACCUACUUCCUCAGCAAAAAGCUCGGGAUAUCGGUUUUGUGGAUUACCGUAAUUACCGAAUGGUUAAAUCUAACUUUCAAAUGGUUACUCUUUGGCGAGCGUCCGUUUUGGUGGAUUCAUGAAUCCGGGGUCUACAGUGAGCAGCAGAUGCCCAAAUUAAAGCAAUUUUACUCCUCCUGUGAAACUGGGCCAGGUAGCCCGUCGGGUCAUGCUAUGAUCACGGGUGCGGCCUGGUGGGUUAUGAUGACCACAUUUUCUACAUUCAUUUAUGAUCGCACCAGAAGCUCAGUGGCAAAGAACGCUCCCGUCGUAUUGUACGUUGUGAUGUUGCUUGCAAUUGGCGUCUCUCGAAUAUUUAUUCUGGCUCACUUUCCACAUCAAGUACUUGGUGGAAUAGUUACAGGUGCUGUACUUGGCUUUCUUCUGGGCAAAUGUGUACCUGAGAAUAUCAAACUCAUCCAUUGUAUUAGUACUUCAAUUGGAUUGCUGCUUAGUGCCUUGGGCUUAUACUGGGGCUUGCAUUACAUUGGUGUCAAUGUCUCCUGGACAAUUCUCCUUGCUACAAAGUGGUGUGCCAAGCCUGAAUGGAUUCGACUUGAUACUGCUCCAUUUUCUUCAUUAAGCAGGGAUACUGGGGCACUCCUAGGGCUUGGUCUUGGACUCUCCUCGCCUGUGUAUUCCAGAUUACAGGCAUGGAAGAUGACGUGGAAACUGAAAAUGAUCUGCAUAGUGCUGUCUGUGCUCAUCAUUGAGAUAAUGGAUCAUGUACCACUAUCAAAACACUCCAGCAUUCUAUUUUAUGCUCUGUUUUACUUGAAGAAUGCACUUGUUCCUAUCCUAGUCAUCGUUAUCAUCCCCUGGAUAGUGCAUUCCAUUUUUGUUAUUCAGCACUCUCAGAAACAACAGUAGUAUUAAUGACGGUAUUUUAAUGACUUGUAUUUUAAAAUGGUUUAAUCUUAUUUUGCUACAUAUUUAGAAGUGCACACACAUGCACCUAGAUUAAAUGUUUGCCUGAAUCCAGAACAGCUCUGUCUUGAAAACAAAUGUUUCCUGUUCAGGGCCAUUUACAAAGACAGCAGUAUCGAUCAACCCAUUACUACUAGAUCUCCUUCACAGUGUGUCAGAAUUACAUUCGAUGUUCCAAGGUAUUCUUAUAAGUUAAAUACCCACAGGUGGGGACAAACCUACUCGAAACUCUAGAGGAAUACUGCAAUUGAUAAACAUGUCUAGUUCACCACCCACUAUGCUGGUAGUUGAUGAAGUCAUAAUUGUUACCAAGUUGAUGGCUGUUGUUCCUUUAAGCUAUGGGCAUUUUUUCCUUUAAGUUUUCAAUGAAUAAAGUGUCAUUUAUUUUUGAAUCAUGCUUUUGUUGAAGUUGUGCAGACAUGGCUUGAAUGGUCAUGCCAUAGUUUACUUUGCUAAGUUGUAGGUUUAGGUGCAAAGUUUAACAUGGAAUUUCUGAGCUCAACUGGAUAAUGAAAGAGACAACUGACUGGCACUUUCCCAUGAAGCUGCUUAUGGGGUGUCAUUGCCAAUGUAGGUCACAUCUGAAGCCUCUUCACUGGAUAAAAGUAUUAUUGAUUCUGUUCCCUACAUCUACCAACACAAUCCCAGUCCACAAUAGGAAAGCUUCCCUUUUCCUUCUCUGUUCUUUUGGAAUCACUUGUUAUGGACCAGACCAAAUGUCAUCAAAAUAUAUUAAGAGGAUAGUGUAGACUCCAACUUUUCUUAUUUUAAAGGCAAGUACCAGGUUUUGUGCUCUGGAUGCUUCAAACUACCAGAUUUGAAGUAAAACACAUUUUAGUCAUACACUGUAGUUAAACUGUAACAAAAGAAAGAAACAAUUGGAAUAACAACUCUACUGGAAAAGUUAACAGAAUGAUAGAUUAUUUAACUACUAAACAAUAACUGUUCCAAUAUAGUGACAUUCCAAAAACAUACUUCACAAAGGCAACUUCAGUAAAAUAGAUAGUCUUGCAGGGAAUUCUCUAGUCCAGGAGAAAAAACAUCAAGAGAAAACUUGAGACAGAGAGAGUAGCAGGGAGAGAUGUACUAUAGUUUCCACAUCCAGUUUCAAGAUCCCAGCAUCAACUGCUACUGAAAGACUGAAAUUAAAUAUCCUGGUUCUCUGGGAGCUUGACCCCACUCAUUCAGGCUGCUUCUAUUGUUCCAGCUUUUAAAAAAAAAACCAAGUCCUCACAAGCUGUUUAUUGGAAUCAAAUAUACAGCUCAAUACCUCUGUCUUAAAACGUCUCAAAAGAAAAAUUGGACAAAAUACAUCUCUUAAAGCCAUACUAUCAUCUCACGCUUUAAAAUGGACUUUUCUUACUAUGAUCUUAUUAAAGCUCCAAAACGUUCUAUUGCUUAGUCUUUCUUUAGUGGGUGAAGCAGCUUGGGAUGUUUUAUUCCAUUAAAGGUACUGUUAAAUGUUGUUUCCAUUUCUGACUUAAUCUGCUUAGCGAAAAUAAGUUGGAAUUGGGAAUGAAAAGUAUUAAUAGUUAAUAAAAUCAGACAUAAACCUUUUUAUAUAUACCCUUUUGUCACGUUACACAAGUCUUGCAGGUCAUAUUGAUGUUUUGUUUCUUCUUAGACAUAGGGUUAAUUCCACAAAAUAAGAUAUUUUGGUUUAUGGAGCAAUUAGAGAAUGGAAUGGCCUUCUCUGGUUCUUAUUAUGUUUUGUUCUGGUACUAUAAUAGAACCAAAAGUGUACUCUCAGCCUUCUGAUAGCUACACACUGACUGACAGGUACAGGAGCAAAACACAAGUUUAAGACCUGGUCUUAAUGUCCUCAGUAACGCUCUUCAUUUCUUACAGCUACUGUCCCUGGAUUCCAGUGUCAUCUCACUGUUGUUCUCUUUCAUAAAGUCUGUGAUUUACUCUAAAUAUAGCUGCAAAACAAAACCAUUGUGACAGUCCUAAUCUUAGCCUCUGUCUGAUGGAAUUUUUUUUUAAU